UCUCUCUCUCUCUCUCUGUCUGUCACUCGCUCUGAAUCUCUGAAUGUGACUGGAUCACUGCAGCAGACGCUCAGGAGGAAAAGAGAAGAGGUGUGAGAUCAGAGGAGUUGAGAAUGUGUGCAAGCAGCUGAAUACACUCUGUGUGACACACGAGGAGCCGCAGGAGCACACGGUCCAGCGUCCAGCCGCGGCCUGCAUGAUCACUGAGGUGCUCGAUCAUGCUGGAAGACGUGGUGAAGGGGAAGCUGUCUCCGGUCAGAGGACGAGCGCAGCAGCAGAUGUCCGAGCACGAGGAGAGUCCUGGGAUGAGACACGCUCAUGAAGACACGGCCUCCGUCCAGAGGAACCUGAAGGACAGCAGACGGCGAGCGGAGAGAGAGAGCCGAGACCUCUCACGAGACGACCUCCUCUUCCUCCUCAGCAUGCUGGAAGGAGAACUGCAGGCCAGAGACGAGGUGAUCACCGUCCUCAAAGCGGAUAAAAUCGAUCUGGCUCUGCUGGAGGCCAAAUACGGCUUCGUGACGCCGCCGAAGGUGCUCCAGGCGCUGCAGAGAGACGCCAUCCAGGCCAAGAGCAGCUGGCAGGAGGACAUCUACGAGAAGCCCAUGAGCGAGCUGGACAGGCUGGUGGAGAAGCAGCGGGAGACCUACAGACGGAUGCUGGAGCAGCUGCUGCUGGUGGAGCAAGCUCACAGACAGACACUCCACCGCCUCGAGGAUGAGAAGAGGAACCACAGCGACUUCAUGAGGAAGAGCGACGAGUUCACCGGCCUGCUGGAGCAGGAGAGAGAGAGACUGAAACUGCUCAUUGAUCAGGAAAAGGCAUACCAGGAGAGAAAAGAGGAAGAGAACAAUAAAAAAGUCACAAAUCUGAAGGACGAGCUGACCAAGCUAAAGUCUUUUGCCCUGCUAGUGGUUGACGAACAGCAGCGGCUAGCAAAGCAGCUGACCCAACAAACAACGAAGGUCCAGGAACUCCAGAAUACUGCCACUCAAGCCCAAGAGGAGCUGAGCUCCACCCAAACCCGGCUGCAAGAAGAGGAGAACAAAGUCCUUCGCUUGGAGGAGGAGCUGCGCAACCAGGCCUGCCAUUUCCACCAAGAACUGGAAGCCAUGACUGCCAAACUGACCAGUGAAGAUGCCCAGAACAGACAGCUGCGGCAGAAGCUCUCCGCCCUCAGCCGACAGUUAGAUGAGCUGGAAGAAACCAACAAGACCCUGCACAGAGCGGAGGAAGAACUGCAGGAGCUGCGGGAUAAAAUGAGCCGAGGGGAGUGCGGUAACUCCAGCCUAGUAUCAGAGGUGGAGGAGUUGAGGAAACGAGUGCUUGAAAUGGAGGGAAAGGAUGAAGAGUUGAUCAAGAUGGAGGACAUGUGCAGGGACCUCAACAGAAAGCUGGAGAAGGAGUCAAACCAGAGCCGUAGCUUGAAAGCAGAGGUGGACAAGUUGAAUCACAGAAUCAUGGACCUUGAAAAGCUAGAAGAUGCCUUUGGGAAGAGUAAGCAGGAGUGCAAUUCACUGAAAAGCAACCUAGAGAAAGAGCGGACCAUGACUAAACACAUGUCCAAUGAACUAGAUGUGCUGAGAGUCAGAAUCAAAGAGCUUGAAGCUACCGAGGUUCAUUUGGAGAAGAUGGAGCUGUCGCUGAAAGAGGAUCUGACAAAACUGAAAACACUGACUGUCAUGCUGGUGGAUGAGAGAAAAGCCAUGGCUGAAAAGUUAAAGCUGAUGGAGGACAAAGUGCAAAACAGCACUGGCAAACUGCAGGCAGAACAAGACAAAGUCAACACCGUCACUGAAAAACUGAUCGAAGAGAGCAAGAGAGCUCUGCGGUCAAAGGCCGAACUGGAGGAGAAGAUGUGUUUUGCCACUAGAGAGAGGGACGAGCUCAAAACUAAGCUAAAAGCAGAAGAAGAGAAAAACAGUGACCUUCAGUCCAAGGUCAGCAUGAUGAAAAAGCGGCUUCAGUCACUGGAAGCAGUGGAAAGAGAAUUAUUGAGGAACAAGGCCAAAGAGGAGCUCACAAAGAGCCCCGUUCCUUAUCACUACCAACAAGAAGACAACAAAGUGAAAGAUUUGACCCAGGAAGUGGAACGCCUCAGGAGGAAGUUAAAGGAGAUGAAGGCGGUUGAGGGUGAUCUAUUGAAAACUGAAGAUGAGUUUGAAUCCCUGGAAAAGAGAUAUUCCAAUGAACAGGAACGAGCAAAAUCCUUGAUGGAGGAGCUGGAGAUCUCCAGGAAGGAACUGUCCAAGUUCCAGUUGGCUGAGAAAGAGGAAUCCAACCAAGAGCAUAUACUGUAUAAACGUCUGAAAGAGGAAGAGGCCAAAUCCAGCCAUCUCACUAGAGAGGUCGAAGCCCUCAAAGAGAAGAUCCAUGAGUACAUGGGCACAGAGGAAUCCAUCUGCCGCUUGAACACAGACCACACGACCCUACAGAGAAAACUCACCCAGCAAGAGGUCAGGAACAAAGAGCUGGCCAGAGAGAUGGAGACCCUUACACGAGAACUCGAGAGAUACCGCCGCUUCAGUAAGAGUCUAAGGCCGGGCAUGAACGGAAGACGUUUCUCAGAUCUCCAAGUCUCCACAAAGGAGGUGCAGACGGACCCAACAGAGAGCCUAUCCCCAAAUUACAAGAACCUUGCACCACUGGAACGUGCCUUGGUCAACGGAAAGCUAUACGUGGAGAGUGAUCCGGAGGAUGAGGUUAAUUACAAUGAGAUCAACCUCACAAAAUGCAGUCCUUCACACAUGAACAAUGUCAACAAUCUUAACAACAACAUGAGAAGAGUCAGAGGCCCUUUUCUUAAGACUAGAGAAAUCCAGCAUCCAAUAAAUGGCAUGACACAACCGAGACAGAAUGGUAAUCAUGUUCAACAGGGAGACCUGUUCCUUGCACACAGUCCUGGACAACCCCUCCAUAUCAAAGUGACCCCUGACCACGGGCACAACAUGGCAACUCUUGAGAUCACGAGUCCCACCACAGAGAACGCCCAGUCCUAUACAAGCACAGCGGUCAUCCCGACAAGCGGCGCCCCUCCAAAACAGCGCAUUACGAUCCUCCAGAACUCACCAAUCUCACCUUCCAACAAGCCCAAGGGUUCUCCUCCUCCUCCGGAGAGUCCAUGCAGCCCAGGCACGCCUGAUCGAUCCAUGUCGCCGCUCACCAUGGCAGCCUAUUCACAAACUCUAGCUUCGGAGUCCUGCGGAUCGGUGACCCCGGACCGAGCCAUGUCGCCCAUUCAGAUUGUGUCCGUUACCACCGGAAGCCCUGACCGGUUGGAGCCGAUAGAGCUUGUGGGAGGUCAUACGGUUUUCCGUGUGAGCCCGGAAAGGCAGAACAGCUGGCAACUGCAAAGGUCCAACAGCUCAGGUCCGAAUGUCAUUACCACUGACGACAAUAAAAUCCAUAUUCACUUAGGGAGCCCCUACAUUCAAGCUGUAAACACCACAGCCAAAUCCAUCCCCUAUUACUCCCUCGGGCCGGAGCAAAGGAUCCCUGUGCUAACCAGUGGCACUCCAGCCAAAGGAAACAACAAAAUCACAAGCAGCAUCGUGAUAAAGCCCACAUCCAGUCCAAUCUCACGACCCUCACAAAUUACAAUGCCUCUGGAAUCAUUCCGGCGUCCUGGACCCACCAGGAUUCCCAAACCCAAAGGCUUCAGUGCAGCGAAAGGGUCAAACAACUCUGUGCAAACCCCACUGAACUCUGGGAAAUGUGUGUCUAACAACCUGAACCUGAUGAACCAGCCUACCAAAUCAUGAUUGAAGCGUCCACAGCAGUUUGACCCAUAGGAAAGACAUUUAUGUUUAUUGUGUUUAAUAUUGAUCACUUCUGGUGCUGUGAUGAGACUCUAGACUCAAAGACACUGUUAAGAAACCCAUCACUCAUCUUUCAGUCUAUGGUGCUCUUUCUUUUUUUCUUUUGACAAAAUGUAUCUAUUGCACUCAUUAAACUGAAAGUAAUCUCUGUUAUGGUUUGAUUCAGUGUAGAGCAAUCAAUAAUGCACGGACUUGUCAUAUGAGGUAUUUUUGAUGUAUGAGAUCUGGAUGUUAAUAAAAUACUUUUU